GCAAUGGCGCGUCAGAGUUACCCGCCUAGUGGCUUCCUCCUAUCAUAUAGAUGCGCAGGAUUGACCGUGUGUCAAAUGGAACAAUGUAACGGAUUGGAGUUGACAGCCUCAGCUGAGGGGGUUACUGAUUAAUCUGGGUUCGAGUCUAUAACCCAUAAGUGCACGCGAACGAGCAUAUCAGCCUCGGGCUCCGCGCGUGCUUGAAUUAAAGAGAAUGACAGCGGACCGGCGUUGAAGAGUCCCGUGUCUUCUUUUCAAGGUAACAAGUGUCAACUCGACCUUAUCAAACGUGGGGGUUCCUGUGAGUUGUAACACUACCCUGGCUCCAGAGACCUUUAAAUACAUUUCAAAAACCUAUUUGCCACGUGGUGUAAAGUGAGAAGCUUUCAGCCCUCAACUGCCCCGAGCUGGUCAGAAAGUUUAGCCAAGUGCCUUCCAGAGACUCAAGAGUGGGACAUUCUGUCAGGAUCUCCAAAGCCAUUUUUCUCAUUUCUUUGAUUAGAAAUUUCAUAUUUUUAGAGAGCAGCACAUUUGCUGUGAAGAAUAAUCCGGAUCGUCUUUUCUCUGCGCGGACUAACAUGUGGCUUUCUGUUGUUACGUCCUAAAAGCAAAAAGUGCUUUGAAUGGAGAGCAUAAUUUGCAUGCUACCCAAGUUCAGGCAGGAUCUCACGCAAGCCUGGAGACGGCGUGCGCACCUGCCUCUCCUCCUUAACCUAUAGAUGCUCUGCACAAAUUCAUUUAGGGGCAGCUACCAUCUUUAAUGGGAUAAAUUAUCUCCAGAGAUCAGGUGAAUCAACACUGAACGAAAACCUCGAACGCGUAUUCGUUUCUUCUUAAUUGACACCUUACAUCUUAAGGCCUCCGCAUGGUACUCUGGUCGAAAGAUCAAGACAAACUGCACGACAUGUCCACUGGGACGGAAAGGAUAGAGAUGAAGAAGGAAGGGGCGCCGCCGGCGUACCACCAAUCCAACGGGUCGGUCCAUCCAGUGAUACUGCCCGACAACAAUGAGCAGGUGCCCCAGAACGGGGAGUACGAACUCACCGAGAUGACCUCGCUGCCGGACCAAGACGAUCAACAGAACGAGCGGCCGGACAUCCUCGACUGUCGGGCCAAUGCCAAGGGCCAGAGAGAAGAAGAUGCACUCCUGGAGAACGCCAGCCAAAGCAACGAGAGCGAUGACAUUAGCACGGACCAAAGCCCGGUGCCGCCGGUUCCACUAAAGGAAACGUCCUUUUCUAUUGGACUCCAGGUUUUGUUCCCUUUCCUGCUGGCAGGGUUUGGGACGGUUGCAGCCGGCAUGGUUCUGGACAUGGUACAGCAUUGGACUGUGUUUACGGAGGUUACUGAGGUCUUCAUCCUUGUUCCUGCUCUUCUGGGUCUCAAAGGGAACUUGGAGAUGACCCUUGCGUCCAGACUGUCUACCGCGGCUAAUAUCGGACAAAUGGACUCGGCAAAGGAUAUGUGGAAAAUGAUCAUGGGAAACCUCGCACUUAUACAGGUUCAGGCCACUGUGGUCGGCUUCCUGGCGUCCAUCGCCGCAGUCAUUUUCGGCUGGAUACCAGAGGGCAACUUUAUAAUUGGACACGCCGUCCUGCUCUGCGCCAGCAGCGUAGCCACCGCGUUCAUCGCUUCCCUUCUGCUAGGUCUUAUCAUGAUUGGUGUUAUCAUUGCAUCCAGGAAGGUGGGCAUCAAUCCAGACAACGUGGCCACCCCCAUUGCUGCCAGUUUAGGUGAUCUGAUCACGCUGACUCUGUUGGCUGGCAUCAGCACAGGCCUGUAUAAGGAACUGGAAUACAACGACUAUGCCAACCCAUUGGUUUGUGCGUUCUUCGUUGCUCUGACUCCCAUCUGGGUCCUGAUCGCCCGGCGAACACCAUCCACACGGGAAGUGCUUUAUUCGGGAUGGGAGCCUGUUAUUAUCGCCAUGGCGAUCAGCAGUGUUGGAGGACUCAUUCUGGAUAAGACCGUGUCCAACCCAAACUUCGCCGGGAUGGCAGUUUUCACUCCAGUAAUCAAUGGUGUGGGUGGAAAUUUGGUGGCGGUACAAGCCAGUCGAAUCUCCACUUACCUGCACAUGAACGCCCUGCCCAUAGCAGAGCCCAGCCCUACUCCACGUAAAUGUCCCACGCCAUGGAGCACAUUCUUCGGGUCAGGUGUGAAUUCACGUUCUGCCAGAGUGCUCUUCCUAUUGGUCGCUCCUGGUCACCUGGUCUUCCUGUACACCAUUAACUCUAUGCAGGGUGGACACACCACACUCACCUACGUCUUCAUCGCAUUUUACCUGGCCGCAGCUCUGCUCCAGGUAAUAAUCCUGCUCUACCUGGCAGACUGGAUGGUGAACUGGAUGUGGCGUCGAGGGAUGGAUCCGGAUAACUUCUCCAUUCCUUAUUUGACCGCUUUAGGAGACCUGCUGGGUACAGGCUUCCUGGCCCUGUGUUUCCACAUCCUGUGGCUCAUUGGAGAUCGGGAUGCAGAUGUGGGCGAUUAAUCCACACCGCUUCCCUUUGACUCUGUCCGAGCGACACAAACGUCUUUAUUUAUAAUGACACAUAGAAAAAUAAUAUCUAUAUUGUUAUGGCUACCAUGAUUAUAUUGAUGCUUUAGAAUUGAGCUGUAAUUACGUUGUUUUUAGCCAACGGGAGAACGAGAAUCCUCAUUAUUUUUCAAUGGGGAUGUUCGGCCCGAUUUAUAGCCGGUCGCGUUGACUGCAUGUAAAGUUGACAUCAACCUAAACUUGAAGUUUGUCAUGAGAGGCAAAAAACAAACACAGAAUGCUUAAUCACCAAGUGCUACAAAAUUGUUUAGUGAUAUAAAGUGGAAAGUUUUUGAUGAAGGCAACUAAAAAUACAAAAAAAAUAAUUCUGGACCAUUGCAUAGUGACCUGAUAAAGUGUUUUUAAAUCAUUCAGACUUGACAUGGUGGUUCGUCUUCUCGAAACUGAUAAAAAGAAUGAAGACAAGUCUAAGCAAAUUAUCAGACGCUUAAUCUAAACAGGGACCUUUUACGGUAAAACACUGCAUGUACAGUAGAUUACUGUAAUAUGAUGGGAUCGUCCUGUAUGUUUAACAGAUAACACUGCAUUUUUAGCCUCAGAAUUUGCUUCUAUAGUUUUGUCCGUGGCCACAAAGAAAGAAAGUAACCAAAAGCGUACUUGUUUUCUUCAACAUCCCCGAAAUCUUCAACUCGUGCAAUUUGUUGAAAAGGUCUUGGGUUGUUUACUCUCGCCACUUUAAAGGAUUAGUCCAUUUUCUUAAAAAAAAUCUAGAUAAUUUGCUCACCACCAUGUCAUCCAAAAUGUUGAUGUCUUUCUUUGUUCAGUCGAGAAGAAAUUAUGUUUUUUGAGUAAAACAUUCCAGGAUUUUUCUCAUUUUAAUGGACCCCAACACGUAACAGUUUAAUAUUGCAGUUUUAACUGAGUUUCAAAGGACUUUAAACGAUCCCAAACGAGGCAUAAGGGUCUUAUCUAGCGAAACAACUUCUCGUCUAUCUCCGUUCCUGUAACACGCCAGCGCAACCUCACGUAAUUACGUAAUGCCUGGAAAGGUCACGUGUUACAUAUAUGAAACGCACAUUUGCGAAGGAUUUUAAAACAAUAAACUGACACAAAGACAUUAAUUAGUAUCAUUCCACAUACAACAACGUCGGAACGGUCCUCUUUCUCCACACUUGUAAACACUGGGGCAUAGUUUCGAUACAACAUCCGUGACCUUUCUUCGUGAUGCCGUAUUGCGUGAGGUUGCGCUGGCGAGUCACAGGGCCGGAGAUAGACGAGAAGUUGUGGUUUAAAAGUGCAUGUUUUUUUUCUUGUCAAAAAUGACAAUCAUUUCGCUAGAUAAGAACCUUAUGUCUCAUUUGGGAUCGUUUAGAGUGUUAAGUGUUGGGGUCCAUUAAAGUCCAUUAAAAUGAGAAAAAUCCUGGAAUGUUUUCCUCAAAAAAAAUUUCUUCUCGAAACAAAGAAAGACAAAGAAAGACAUCAACAUUUCUGAUAACAUGGUGGUGAAUAAAUUAUCUGGAUUUUUUUUAAGAAAAUUGACUAAUCUUUUAAUGGAUAAAGUAUUAAACUUUCUUUCAGUUGCAUAUGUACAGUAUAUUUUUGUACAUUGUACAUUUCACCCAAUCAAAAGUCUUCUAGGUCAGGCUGUUAUUGUAAAGUGCACGUCUGUUUACAGUAAGCAUCAGAAUCUUCCCUUUAGACUCAGAAUGCUGGAAAAGUUGAUUUGUAGUAAACAGAAAUGGCUUUUAUAUACAACUCAGAGUUUAAAAAAGUCAACCUGAAACUGGA